UGGGAUUGUCCUCGAUCCACGGCUGGGCUCAGCGGGCGACACUGCCAACCCUGCUCGCUCGGGCGGGCACUCCCCAGAGACUGCUGCACAACGCCACGGCCCCCUACAGAAUAUCGGGGCUUCCUAGUGGAGGGGAGGGAGGUUCUCCCAGAGCCAGGGGGAGAACCCAGGAGUCCUGGUUCCCAGCCCCCAACGGCUCUAACCACUGGAUCUGAAUCCCCUCCCAGAGCUGGGGCCAGAAAAGCAGACUUUGCUCUGUGAUGUUUCCUGUGUUCCAGGUUAGGUGGAUCUGUCGCGGCUCCAACACCAGCCCCCCCUUCUCUCCAGAGCCAUGGACGUUCGUCUUGUCUUGUGCCUCCUCUGGGCUCUCCUAGCUACAGCCCAUGCACGUCCUUCCAGCUGUUACCAGAGCAUCCCCGGGGCAAGCAAUGCAGUGAGGAGCUGUAGCAGUGGGGCAGAUUCUUGCAUCGCUGUUCAGGAAGUGAACACCCUCGGGGGCGUGGUGAACACGGGCGUCCUCCAGUUGUGCACCAGCAGCCUGAUCAGCCUGGAGGGCGACCUGGACUUCGAGUUCGGGGGCGGCGUCUACGUGAGGGUCCACUCCAAGAUGUGCAGAGAGACCAACUGCAACACGGGGGAGAUAAAGGAACGUUCCAAAAUCAGCACCGUGCCCAACGGAGGACAGUGCCCGUCGUGCUUUGCCCCAGGAUCCCACCGCUGCCUCCACAACGUCACCCUGCACUGCCAGGGGGCCGCCAGCCAGUGCGUUGAUGUCGCCGGGACGCUGUCAGAGAUGGGCAUCGACCUCAAAAUCCCUUUCGCAGCCAGAGGAUGCGCCACCAAGGAUGUGGCCAAGAUCAAAGCCGGAGACAUCCUGUUGUCGGGCGUAUUCACCUAUCAAAUCACGGCCAUCCAGUUACGCCCGGCCACCCGACUGGAGACCAUGGACGGCUUCUGACACCCUGCUGAGCUCCAUCCCACUGGCACGCCCCUGCUUUGAGCUAUUCCCUCCCGCCCCCAAGGCCUGCCUGGGGCUGGCCCCCCCAGUUGUGACUCAGUUUCACACACACACAGGAGCACUGCCAGCUUUUCUGCCGCCCUAGGUGGCAGAAGGUCCCACCACCGAAAUACCACCUCGGUCGCCGCCCCCCAAAUUGUAGCGCUCUAGGCGACCGCCUAGGUCACCUAAUGGGUUGCGCCGGCCCUGCACACACACACACACACACACACACAGUGCCAAGACACCUUCGUAAAGCGCUUUGAGACCCAUUGGUGCAGGGCCCAAGCCAGAGACCCAUUAUGGGAUUUGCACUGAGCGCGACGGGCUUAAAAACAGGCCUGAGUAUUAGAGACCCAUUAGCAGCUUCUCCCCAGAGAGUGCUCCAAGGGGUAGAACCCAGGAGUCCUGGCUCCCAGCCCCCCUGCUCUAACCACUAGUCCCCACUCCCUCCCAGAUCCAAGAACAGAACCCAGGCAUCCUGCCACCCCUCCACCCUCUGUUCUCACCUUUUGUAUUUCCACACGCUAAUGCAUUGAAUAAAGCUGCAUCAUAAAUCCAAA